AGCAGCUGGUUCUCCCUGUGCCAAAUCUAAAGAGUCAGCGGAGUACAGGCGAGCAAAGCUGGCGCAAGCGACAUUUUUCUUCCGCAAAAAAUCACGCGUCUGAUGUCACCUAUUUGUAAACGUUGCACAUGCGAGGAAACGGGACAUGAUGUCAAAAAAACAAUAAAUAAAUAAAUAAAUUAACUUCAUGUCAACGGCUGAACCUGUCCUGCCCACCCAGAGCAAGCUGACGAACUUCCAGGGGUUUUACCAAACUUUGUUGUCGGGCAAAAUUGUUUCCCAGGAAAAUGUGACUGCCAGGAAUUCCCCACGCAUCAGCAGCAGCCUCUGUCGGAGAAAACCACGACCUUGUGUCAGGAAGCGAAGGAAAGCAGCGGCGGCGGCGGGAGGGUACAAUCUGGCGGCUGCCUGAGCGAUGAUGUAGCUUUAGCGCCGUUACAGCCUCCAGAGUCGCGCUUACAAGGGAUCAUUAUGCCUUUGGACGGCUUUUCCUGAGGAGAGCCGCUCAAGAAGCUGUAGAAAAAGCCUCGGAUGAUGACUUCUUCUCGCAAGGUGUAGAUGCUCCAGGCACAGCGGGGUCCAGCCUCUGUGUCAGAGAGGGACGAGGCUGCUCCCACCUGGGCCACGGCACUCCAGUGAAACCUCGGCUCUCCCUCACAUUCAGCUCAAGCUGCACCGGAUCAGAAUAUCGGGAACGACACAGAGGCUGUAUUGUGUGAGGUGAAGCAGCAGCAGCAGCAGCAGUAGAAGAAGGAAAAGGAGGAGGAGGAGGAGUAAUCGUCAAAGUGGGGACAUUUUAGCCUGCUCCCCGCCCUCUGAACUCCUCUGCAAUGACGACGGCAGUACAGCCCAGUGAACUGGUGUUUGAAUUUUCCAACGGGAUUGAUGAGAUGAAUCAGUUGGACGACCCGUCAGUAUUCCCAGCCGUGAUCGUCGAGCAGGUGCCCACAGCCGACCUGCUGCAGGUCUACUCAGGCCUCGAGUCCGACGAGGUGACUAACGGCAUCAUGGUCGACACGACCCUCAGCGUGGUGGAGGGACCAUCCAUCCUGUCAGAGGGAGUGGAUCUCUCAGAAACAAGAGUUUCCCGUGCCGACGACAGCAUGGAGACAAAUGAAGCUGCGGCAGCUCUGCUGAACAUGGAGUCUCCAAAUAAUAUCUUGGACGAGAAGCGUAUGAUUUGUGCAGUCCACACCUACAACCAUCUGCUGGAGUCAGAGAUGACGUACGCGCCGCUCAGGCCUGACCAAAUGGAUAAUGUUGCCCUCAACAUGUCCAUGGAUGAAGACACCUCAUCCAUGGACGAGCUUCCUCAGAAGUGUCCCUUAAAACCUCAGAAGAAAACCAAAGUGCGAAAGCCUCGGGUGGUGCGUCCCUGCUCUCCAAUCACAACCCCUAACCUGCCGCUCAGGAAGAAGAGCAAAGAGGGCAAAGGCAACACCAUCUACCUGUGGGAAUUCCUCCUGGCCCUGCUGCAGGAUAAAAACACCUGUCCCAAAUACAUCAAGUGGACACAGCGUGAAAAAGGCAUCUUUAAGCUGGUGGACUCCAAGGCUGUUUCAAAGCUUUGGGGCAAGCACAAGAACAAGCCCGACAUGAACUAUGAGACCAUGGGGAGGGCUCUCAGGUACUACUAUCAGAGAGGCAUCCUUGCAAAAGUGGAGGGGCAGCGUCUGGUCUACCAGUUCAAAGAGAUGCCAUCUGACCUGGUGGUGAUUGAGGAUGAAGAGGCGGGAUCUGACGCCAACGCCGGCUACGACAACCAGAGGUCUUCCAACGGCCGGGGUGUGGUCCGCGGGGGGUCCAAAGGCCACGGGCGGUCUCAGGGCGGACAACACGUGUCGCUGAAACCGAUGAAGAAAGAGCCCCGAGACGAAUAUCUCUACCAGGAGGCUGACGGAGGGCAGGCCGAGCAGCUGCUUCACUCUGUUCAUGUUUUACAAGAAAGCCAGGCACAGAGUGUUCAAGAUACGGCGCAAGCUGUGAGGACCAUCAGCAGUCCCGUGUCGGUACCCAUGGUGCUGACAUCCUCCGGCUCCCUUCAGUCUGUUCCCCUCACUGUUCUGGCCAACGGGGGCUCCAGCCACUCCUCCCCUCCUCGGGUUAUUCUCCACACUGUGCCCUCCACAACAGCAGGUGGGAAAGACGUGCUCACCAUCCAGACAGCCUCUCUCACAGGCGGCUCCGGCAGCCUGCAGGACGGCCUCCCGCAGCAGCUUCUGGUCACCCAUCUGGGCUCCUCUGCCAUUUCUUCCACGGCCUCCUCCUGCACUUCUCCUCCAGGAGUCAUUAGUUCCACCACCUCCAGCCUCAACGGCCUCCCCCGCCUCGUCACCAUCAACACCACUGGUGGGCAGACCAUGGUGGCGCAGCAGCCUGGCACCGUAAUAGCCACAGUGCUAAAGUCCAGCGAUCUCUCGGCGCUGCAGGUCAAAGAGGAGAUGCUGGACUCCAGCUACUUCCAGUCGAUGGUGAACGGCGAUCCAUCACUGGCGGCACACACGUUUGAGAAGGAGGAGAUGGAGGCCGGGGAGGCUGAGCUGCAGUACAGGACUGUGAUCAUCGAUACCAGUCAAAGCCAGGCCCAAGGCGCUGCAAGUGAAACUUUAAUAAAUGGACAUUACUCCCAGAGCAGCAGCCCCGGCGAGGGUUUGACCCCCGUGGAGGAGCUGGAGGUGCGCGGAGAGAUGUCCCUGCAGCCUGAGCAGGGAAUCAAAGGCCUGCAGGAGCUGCCCAUGUCUGUUCAGCUGCCUGCAAACUUUAUCCAGAUAAAAACGGAGCCUGCAGAGGCUUAGGGCCGCAGGACUCAUUCACACAAAGUGAACCAAAAAUUAUUGAAUUUCCGUGACCACAGACUUGAUGUUAUCUUUUCCUACCACAGCGGUCUGAUUAAACGUCAGAUGUCAGGGAAAUUGCAGCAUGUUGCUCUUCAAAGUCGGUCAGUUCAGCCUCAGGAUUUAUUGUUUACUCACAUGUUAUGUGACCAUGUGCCUAAUUUCAAAAAUCUAGGGAGUGAUUAGAUUUUUUUUUUUAAUUUUUUUUUAGGAAGUUAGCUUUCAGAUUAAGGAUUAUUCCAUGUAGAUAAGAAAUCCCACACAUGCACAAAAUGCUUGGAAAAACCUGGGAUUCCUGUCUGCGCUUAAAAAUGUGCCAGUCAAGUUUUUUUUUUUUUUUUUUUUUUAAACUUACAUCUUCUUGGACUAUUGUUAGAAGAGGACAACGCAACAAACCAAAAACAAGGACUGAAUGCCAAACAGUGCAACAAAAAAGGGACGCCUGAAGAGUCGUGGAUGUUCUCCUUUAGCAGCGUGAACGUUUCUGAGGGGUGCGGCUUGUCACGUUCAACCGGCAGGAAAAAAAACAAAAAAAAACGGUCAUCUCAGAGUUUAAGUACAGAGUGCCUUAAGAGACGUUUGCAGAAACAUUUACAUUGCUUAUUUUUGUUUUAAAACAGAGAAGAACUUCGUUUAUUUUUGAAACAAGCAAAGUCGGUGUGCAUAUACUCUCUAUCAGCCCUUGCAUUAAAACACAGUGCUACCAUGUAAAAAAGGGCAUUUUCUGCGUGGAGCUGCAGACUGGAAGGCACAGCAAGAUAGAGAGGAACAGAACAGGCAGAAUAAAAGUGAUUUUUUUUUUUUUCUUAUCCAUCUCUCCCUCUGAAGCUCUAAGGCUUAAAUCCUGUUUAUGUAAAACAAUAUAUAUAUGAACCUAUAAAUAUAUAUAUAUACUGUAUGUAGACGUAUGAUAUGCAAUUGAGAUAAAAUUUUAAGGCCACAACAAAUUUAUUUAUUUUAUUAAUUUCUAAAUUCUGUAAAGAAAAGGCACAUUUGUUUUCUUUUUAUGUGUAAACCUGAGGGAAGAUAAAAAAAAGAAGAUACCAGGAAGCUUAUAUGGCAAGUUUUUUUUUUUUCCUUUUGUAUAGCAUUCAGUAUAAUCAGCUUUGUUUUUUGUGUUGUUUUUUUUUUUAAAGUUCUGGUCUCAAAUGUUCAGUGCGGCAUCAUUAUUCGGCUGCUGUGAAUAUCUCUGUUAUGUGUCUGAUUUAAACAUUUACAGAGUGAGCUUUUUGUUCCCACUUUUUAGCGGAUAUACCUCUCAUUUUUUCCCAGCAGUCACGCAGCUCAAAGCUAUGCAUUCAAAACUAUCGGGUUUGUCUUUUUAUUUGAUUUAAUUGACAUGUCUGUCAAUACUAAAUUUCUGCUUAAAAUCCUGAGUUGCUAAAUUUGUUGGGGACAUAAAAGGCACCGCGUUCUGCUUUCCCGUCUCCCCUUUUCUGCUCCUGUCUUCUGUCCUGGUGUCUCUGCUCAGUCGAAGUUUGUGCCUUCUUCUUGUUUCGCUGUCCUGUUUGGUUAAGAACCUCUCAGGCCAGCCAUCCAACUGGCUCCCUUGUUUCUGUUGGGGAUGAAGCCAUAUUGAUCCCGAGUGGUAUCAUAGCUCGUGGAUGUAUUUUCCAGGCUGGGCUGUAGCCGCUGAUAGGGGGGGACACUCAACCCACCUGACCUCCAUCCUCAGCGUAAGACUUAAAGGCUGCUUUACAGCCUCACAACAGCCAAAGAGCUCCACGUUCUGCAGGCACUCUGAAUGUAAAACGUGCUGGCACAAAUGUUUUUGACAAUCAGUAAAUACACUGGGUUAUAUUUGCAUUAAAAUCUGAAAUUCUAUUAGGAUUGCCUUCAUAUAUAUUCUUAUAUCCAGUCUUUUUCUGAAGCACUGUUGUCUGUGAAUUGUUGAGGUAUGUCCACUGCAUUUUGUUUCGUUGCUUCUGUUGUCUUGGGUUGUCAAUGGCCUCCUUUUUAUGCUGAACUUAGACUAGAUUUUUAAGAAAAAGUCAAUAUGCUAAUUAAAAAGAAAAACCUCUAUAUAUUA